CUGAAAAGGACACGAGGAAGGAUUUAGCCGGCGAUUCCUGCGAAAAGUUAGCGAUGGGGACAAAGCAGAAGACGAUCUUCGAGUAUCUCCGGUCGGUGGAUUGCUGUCGAGUGUGCUGCUUACGAUUUCUCAAGGCGACCAAGGAGGCGUUCAUCGAUAUUGAAGCCGCGCUGGUAAAGCUUAAUCUGGUGGAUCCUGCUACCGAGGAAGAAAAUGGAGAGCGGAAGAGUAAAAGGGUGAAGGAAAACGUCUGCAUCGCCUGCCUAGGAUUGUUCGACUCCCUCGAUUCGCUGGCCGACGAGGUGAAGCAGAGCGAGGCGUUCCAGCGUUACAGUAAAUGUGAGGCCGGAUUUUUCACAUCGAUAUCGCUACCGCUCGUACUGCACCUGCGACAACUCUCGCUCUGGUACGAUGUGGUGGAACGUUUCCCGGACAACUUCGAUAAGCAAACAUUGCCAGACAUAGCCGUGAAAGAUGCGCUGAAGAUGGUGCUCAUCCCCCGGCUCGAACGAGCGCUCGAUAAACCAUUCUCCGUGGAUGGUGUGAUGGUGACCGUUCCCUAUACCUACGACAAUGAACAGAAGGAGUUGCAAGCGUUGGAGCGGAUCAGUCCCGGCAUCUUCGCAGGCCGAAAGGCACACAAGCAUACGCGGAAGGAAUUCUUAACACGGAAUGCGUUCGAAAAACACUUCACACCGGAUGUGAUCGAUGUGAAUCUGUUCCGUGCCCACUAUUCGGUGCCACCGGUAUCCUCGGAGAACGUUCGAUUGGUGCGAGGAGAAAUUUCUGCCACAGGCCCCACCAUUUUCGUUGCCGGAAGGUACAACAAAUGGUCACGAACACUCAGCCAGACACCGUGGAUUAUCGAAGGGAAGCGGCUGAUGGAGGGAAGUGUACAGGAAACGCUAGAAGCAGCCAUUGCACCCCACUUUGGUGUUCCGGAAGGGCAACUCAUCUUCUCCUCCAGUGGUCGGGAGGAUGUCGAUGUGCGCUGCCUCGGCGAAGGGAGGCCGUUCGUGCUGGAAAUCCCAAAUGCGCUAACUGACCAGCUACCGGAACAAAACGCAGUGGCGAUGGAACAAGCGGUGGAAACAUCGGGUACGGUAUCGAUCCGAGAUUUGCAGCUAGUUAAACGCACCGAUCUUGUGCACAUCCGGGGAAAUGAGAGUGAAAAGCGCAAGUUUUAUCGGGCACUUUGCGUGACGACAGAACCGGUCAAUGAGGAAAUGAUUCGUAGACUACGGGUCGAUGAAACUAUUGAGCUGCAACAGGUAACACCUUUGCGUGUGCUGCACCGACGACCGCUGCUCAAGCGCUCGAGACACGUUUACCGGCUGCAGGCAUGGGCCUGUCGGGACAAUCCGAACGCCAUGGUGAUCGAACUCGAGACACAGGCCGGCACGUACAUCAAGGAGUUUGUGCAUGGUGAUUUCGGACGAACGAAACCGAGCAUUCGUGAUAUGAUCGGAGUAGAGGUCGAUAUUCAUGCGCUCGAUGUGAUGGCCAUCGAUCUAGAUUGGCCACAGCGACUUCGACGGUGAUAGGGUUUGUUUGAUCAAGUAAAAUAAAUGUCAUAUAUUAAUGAUUCUGUUCCU